AGACAGGCUAGUAGCCCUUGCACAUCCCUUUCUCUCUCCUCUCUUUUCUCUCAGGCAGACAGCCGCUGUUCCAGUCCCACCAAUGUCAAGUUUUUUCCACACUGUAUUUUGCACAAUUCUGCCUUAAUCAUCUUGUAUGAGUGCACCAGACACAUAGUGCUGGGUGUGAGUUGCGGCACUGCUUCAGCCUACAGAUGGACACACGCGGAGAGAAGAAAAGACUGUACUGUGGGAAAUGGCACGUAGUUUGCCAUUUUGCGUUGUUCAUUUGUUUCUUGGAUGCAGUCCGGGGACAGAUUCGUUACUCGAUCCCUGAGGAACUGGAGCAUGGAGCUUUUGUUGGCAAUAUAGCAGAGGACCUGGGCUUGGAUUUGGGAAAGCUCUCUGCGCGCAGGUUCCGGAUAGUCUCAGGUGCCAAGAAGCAGUAUGUGGAGGUAAAUUUAGAAAACGGAGUUUUAUUUGUCAAUGAAAGAAUUGAUCGGGAAGAACUAUGCGAGCAGAGUUUGUCCUGUUCUUUUCACUUGCAAGUGGUCAUUGAAAACCCUCUGGAGCUGUACAGGGUGGAGAUGGAGAUCUUGGAUGUGAACGAUAACUCUCCUAGUUUUCCGUGGACCGAGUUUAAUUUGGACAUAUCGGAGUCCGCUGCGCCAGGAUCCCGUUUCCCACUUGAGAGCGCACAGGACUUAGACGUCGGGUCCAACUCGCUCCGCACUUAUUUGCUAAGUGUAAAUGAUCAUUUCCUUCUGGAUAUACAGACGCGCAGUGAUGGCAGUAAAUUCGCAGAGCUGGUCCUUCAAAACCCACUGGACAGAGAGCAGCAGAGCGCGCAUCAAAUGGUCCUGACAGCGGUGGAUGGAGGCGCGCCAGAGAGAUCCGGCACUGCGCAAAUUGAUAUCACCGUUUUGGAUGCAAAUGAUAACGCGCCUGUGUUUGAUCAGUCAUUUUACAGAGUGAGGCUGGCUGAAAACGCACCCAAGGGCACAGUUGUCAUAAAACUCAAUGCGUCCGACUUAGAUGAAGGUCCCAAUGCUGACAUCACCUAUUCAUUCAGUGGCCACGCGCCCAUCAAAGUGCGCCAGCUUUUCAGCGUGGACUCGCGCACAGGGGAAAUCAAAGUUAAAGGAGUGAUAGAUUAUGAAAAGUCCAGGAUGCAUGAAAUUUAUGUACAAGCAAAAGAUAAAGGCCCCUCUGCUGUAGCAGUUCACUGUAAAGUGCUGGUGAACGUUUUAGAUAAAAAUGACAACCUUCCAGAGGUGAUUUUAACAUCAGUGUCCACACCUGUGCAGGAGGACGCACCACCGGGAACGGUGAUAGCCGUCAUCAGCGUGAUGGACAAAGACUCGGGUGAAAAUGGGAAUGUGGACUGUGAGAUCCCCCAUCACGUCCCAUUCCAGCUCCACUCAUCCUUUAAGAACUAUUAUACAUUAGUAACGUGUGAUUUUCUGGACAGAGAGGCGGUCGCAGAGUACAACAUCACCCUUACUGCGCGAGAUAUGGGCUCCCCACCUUUAUUCACAAGGAAAACUAUUUUGGUCCAAGUGUCUGAUGUGAAUGAUAACGCGCCCCGCUUCAAGCAGCCCUCCUAUACGGUGUAUCUGACUGAGAACAAUGCGCCGGGAGCAUCUGUUUGCUCUGUGACUGCACUGGAUCCAGAUUCUGGUCAAAACGCAUACCUCUCCUAUUCUAUACUGGAAGGUGACAUACAGGGAAUGCCCGUGUCCACAUACGUGUCCAUAAACUCGGACAACGGGAACAUUUACGCACUGCGAUCCUUCGACCACGAACAACUUAAAAACUUUCAGAUCACAGUUCAGGCUCAAGACGCAGGGUUCCCACCUCUGAACAGCAACGUGUCAGUGACUAUUUUUAUUUUGGAUCAAAACGACAAUGCACCUGUAAUUGUUUCACCGGUUGCGCAAAACGGCACCGCGCCCAGCGAAGCGGUGCCCAGAUCAGUUGACGCCGGUUACCUUGUCACCAAAAUCAGCGCGGUGGACGCAGACGCAGGUCAGAACUCGCGUCUUUUUUAUCAGAUGCUCCAAGCAACAGACCCGAGCUUGUUCAGCAUCGCUCUAUACACAGGCGAGAUCAGGACGAUACGCCAGUUGGUGGAGAAAGAACCCACGAGGCACAGAUUGGUCAUUCUUGUGAAGGACAAUGGUCAGCCGCCCCUCUCGGCCACUGUUUCCAUCAUUCUGUCAGUGGUUGACAGCCUGCCAGAUUCGCAGCCCGAUUUGGGUGACCUGUCACUAAGCCCACAUCACAGCUCCAACUUCACCCUGUACUUAAUCGUGUCUCUGGGCGCAAUCUCCUUCACAUUCCUGGUGGCUAUUAUCGUCCUGGUUGCAGUGCGGAGACUGAAGGGCAGGCCGUCCAGCAGAGAGUCCAACUUCCCCUCCAUCGGCGGGUGUUGCUGCUGCUGCUCCCGCUCAGAAGCAUCCACCACCACAGAGGUGUUCAAAAAGUCCAACUUAAAUGUUCGGAUGUCUUCAGGCGCGUCCGGCUGCGCGGAGGCAAACAGCAACGGGACGCUCCCUCAGGUCUAUUGCUACAAAAUGUGUCUGACACCGGAGUCGUCCAAAAGUGACUUCAUGUUCCUUAAGCCUUGCAGCCCGGUAAUGUCAGUUCAGCAGAAUAAUGCCAAGAGCACAGAUUACCUCACCUCUGGCUGGAGCGCACUGGACCGUAAUGAACUGGCCAACAACAGAGCAGCGACCCCAAACGAGCUUAGGUAUUCAAACAAGGACUGGACCUGGACCAAGAACCAGCGCAACUCAGCAUACAAGAGAUACAGUUCAGCUAAUAUGGAGGGCACUCUUACUCGUCAACAAAAAUAUGAUGACCAUGGGUUUUCCUGCUCUGUGGCACCACAGUACUGGACCUGGGGAAACCAUAUGAACGACUGCAAGAUGUCUCUUCAAGAGGGAACAGUUCCUCACUACUCAUGGACCCCAAAGUACACUCAGCCUCAUUCUGAACCACCAGACUACCAGCACAAUGUGUACAUACCUGGCACCACGUCUGACUACAGCACUCUGAAGCUGUCACCCAGAGGAGAGCUGGAUGUGUACAACACUUUCUCUACUUUUGGAAAGAAAAAAAAAUUCAUCUCCAGCUACGAACAAUCUUUUGACAAUGACGAUGGUCUCAUAAGUAAUGACAUCUACAAAUGACACACCAACUAUACUGUAUAUUCUGUGUCUGACAUACAUAUAUACCAUUACUAGUUCCAUUUAUAACUAUAAGACAGACUGUGUUUCUCCUUUCCAGUGGAAUUUAAUAGCACUACUUACCAGAAGCUAUUUUUUGUUUGUUUGUUUAUACUGAUAUAAAGAAUAAAUAAAGUCUAUUUCGAGUCAUGGUGGGAUUAAGUGAUGACUUUUCCAUCAUGAAGUUGUAUCUUAAUUUAAAAGGAGUAAACCACUAGAGAGAAGACUUUACUUUUCCAGCAGCAGUGAGCUCAGGUACACGUGAUUUGAUCUAUUUGGAGGCUGCUGGUUCUCAGUAGGGUUAUAGUGAAUGUCUAACUUCAAAAAAGGCUCGCAAUUUCAGCAGCUUACAGUUUAUUGCACAAGGGUCGUCCAUGUACCAGUCACUUUUAUGUAGACCUUUUUUGUUGUGCAGGGACACCUGCUGUGUGUCAAAGUUGUGAACUGACUAACUGUACUAGCAGGAAACUUUAUACUUCAUAGCCUUCAAAGUAGUUUCUACUUUAAAGCUAACACACUAUGUAUUUCAAACAUCAUAACUGCUUUAGUCCACAAGAACAACCUUUGUCGACAUGAUUUUAUCCGACCAAGAUUUACAACAUUUUCUACAGUUGCAAUUGUCUUAUAAGUUCAGCCUCUUUCAUCAAGUCAUGCCUGGUGCAUUUAGUGACAAGUCAUUUGUUCACAGUCUGAAUGCAGUCCAGGCACAAUGCACAAACAAUGCAAACAGUUAGCAGAGUUGCUAUUAUACAAUAGCAAAAAGACCCAAAUACAUCUGAUUUCAGAGAUAUAACAUUGACAUGAGGAGUGUAACCAGCUAUGUGUCCAUCAACCAGGGGUUACAGGGUUUUACAACGAGUAUCAUCACAGCUGUGACUGUACUCAUCGGGCCUGUGCAGCAGACCAUUACACUGACACAUCACAUCCAACAGUUGGCACAGAGAAGGGCAAUAACACAGAUGUAAUGUUGCUGCAGGCAACACACACGUCCCAAGACUACUCAGACUGUUUGAUUACAAGCAACUGCUGGCAUGAUUCAGUCACUGGUUAUAUGCAUUCCAAUUUGUAUUUAUCUUUGAGUGGGAUUUGUGUAUCUACAGAUGAUUACACAGUUAUGCUUGGUGAAACUAUUCUCUCUGUAAAUACUCUAUGUACAGUAUAUAUUAAUAUCAA